ACAAAGACCAGCGUGCAGUCACAGCCUCUCCUCCAAGCUGUGAGUGCGCACACAUCGCCCGCUCUGGUUUGGAACUACAUCGCCUUGAAUCUGCAACACUUUUUCUGUGCGUCUUUUCGUGGCCGGUCGUUAACUACUGUGUGGCCGAUUCCAUAAGAUUGCCCCUUCUCUCCCCCCACCCCAAAAAAGCUCCCCCACCAGGACCCGUGAACACUUGAAGCUGUGCGGGAGUGGUCCGGGAACUUUUUUUUUUUGUUGCCAUAAUGAGCAGGCAAACGGUCAACCUUGACACCUACAGCCUGUCGCUGCUCACAGCCAAAGAGGACAUUCUCAACCCCCGCUCCUCCACCAACUGGGCAUUAUUUACAUAUGAAGGGGUUACCAACAAGCUCAAACUGGCCGACUCAGGAGCGGGUGGUGUGGCAGAACUGGCAGAAAAGUUUCACAUCUCUAAACCUCAAUAUGGACUGUGUAAAGUGGGAGGAGUGGAUGGAGGAGCUCUUCGGAUUGCUUUGAUAAGCUGGGUCGGCCAAAAUGUGGAUGACUACAGGAAAAAUGAGUGUGCCAGCCACAUUCCAGCCAUCAAACACUUUUUUAAGGAAGCACAUGCUUUCAUUAGUGCAGAAAAGCCAGAGGAUGUGACAGAGGACAGGGUAAGAGCUGAGCUGAGCAAGACUCAAACUCAGGCUCCCACACAGUGGGUGAGGAGGAGCUCCAGGUCUGCGGACAAGGAGGAACUUGUUGGUACAAACUACAGAAAAACUAAUGCCGCGAUGGAGAUGAGACUAAUUAACAGAGACUCCUUCUGGGCACGUGCUGAACGGGAAGAAGAAGCGCGCAAAGAUGAGGAAAAGCGAAGGGCAACAGAGGAGAGACGGCGCCUUGAGAGAGAGAGAAUUCUGAAGGAGCGAAGGGAUGCAGAGGAGAGAGACAGAAAAAUGAACGAAAAACUUCAGAUGAUUGAGGAGCAGAGACAAAUACAAAGAGCAGAAGAAGAAGAGCUACGCAAGAAGGAGAAGUCAAGAUGGGAGCAGCAGCAAAGAGAGCAUGAAGAGGAUAUGAGGGCUCGUCUUAGACGAAGUGAAUCCAUAGAGAAAGCAGCUGAGGCAGCAGCAUUAGUGUCGCAGCGCUCCAUGAACCCCAGAGAGUUUUUCAGACAACUGUCAUCAUCAUCAUCACAGAGCCCCACCAGUCCUGGAUCUUCCCGCAGUGGAAAACCAUUUAGACGAUACCAGCGCAGUCUGACAGAUACAGCUUUCAUCUUUUCAAAAGCAGAAGAAAGCUCAGCGUCUUCUCCGUACACUUCUCCGUUGGUUUCUCCCUUUUCGAGAGCUCCUCACUCUCCCGUUUUCCAGGCCGUGUCUCCCCCAAGAAGCCCAGAUUUUUACCCAGUCACCUCCCCGCAGAAGCCCAGAGCUCCCAUGUCUCCACCCACCUCACCCAUUCGGCCUGCCCCCCCAGUUUCAGCUCUGCCCAGUAUUCCACAGAGUACCAACCAGUUUCAGGCCGCAGCUGAGCCCGAGGCUUCAGAACCGACAGAACCGUCUGCUCCUCCUGCUUCCCCAAGCCUCUUAGAUUUUUUGCCUCCAACUGAAAUAGAUGAAAACAUCUCUCAGCUGCUUUCAGAGGCAGAGCAGCAACCUUUGAACUUUGAGCCUAUGCAGUUUUUAACAAACCGUCCUGAUCUGGACACAGCAGAAUUCAACACACCAAGUCUCGGAAACACCAAGCUGGUCUCAGACACUGGCUUCAAAGUACAAGCUGUGCUGGUGGAAGCAGAUGAGGAAGAGGAACUACAGGAGGAGCAGGAGGGAGAUGAAGCUGAAACACAACCAGAGGUGGAUUCUGUCACUGCUGAACCAGAACGGAUUGAUACAACGGAGGUAGAUAAAGAAGAGGUGCAAGAGGUGAAGGAAGAUGAGAAGGAGGAGCAAAACGAGUUGGACAAGGAGGAAGAGCACGAAGAAGAGGGUAAGGGCAGAGAACCCGAGGAAGAGGAGAAGGAAGAGAAGUAUGAGGAAGAGGAUAACAAGAAGGAACUGGAGGAGGACGAGGAGGAGAAGCAGGAGGGAUCAAGACAGGAAACUGACCCUUCAUCACUGCUAGAACCGGCAGCGAUGCCACAGGUUGAAGAGGAGGCAGAGGAAGCCGAAGAAGAGAACAAUUAUUCAGGAUACAGCCAGACUCUUGCUGAGCCUGCUGAGUUUUCUGAGGAAGAGGAGGAGUCAGUACGCACAGAUUUUUCCUAUGUGGUCAUCAAAGAUCCUGAACCAGCUUGUCAAGAUAUCAAGCAUGAGACUCUACUUCCAUCAACCAAUGGGAUGACAAACGGUGAUGGCACAGAGGAACAAAAUGGGACAGUGAGGUCCUUGAGUCCAACAGACACAGACGGCAGCACCUCUGAGUCUCCUGUCUGCUACAGAGUUAACACAACCACAGAAGAUGGAGACAUCACUGAGGAUAGAGAGCAGCAGAUCUCUGAAAAUGGACAAGAGGAUUUAGCCGACCGACAUAUGUGCGUCCGAGCUCUAUAUGACUACCAGGCAGAGGACGAAUCCGAGAUCUCCUUUGAACCCGGUGACAUCAUCAGGGACGUGGAGACAGUGGACAAAGCCUGGUGGAGGGGUUGGAGCAAAGACGGCCGUCAGGGUUUAUUCCCCGCUAAUUACGUGGAAACCAUAUAGGCAGACAGAGGCACACUAUACACCCACACACACUUUCACACACAUGCACACAUACACUCAGGGACACCUUCUCUUUUCUUGUUUCUGCAUGUUUUUACCUUAAUCCUCCCACUGAAACUUUAUGCUCUCUUUUCUGUAGGAAGAAUAAAGAAACGCGAGACUCCUUGUUCUGAAGAAAGCAUAAAGAAAAGUGUAACUCUUUAUUUUGAUGUUUUGUUUGGAGAACAACAUAGUAUGCAGAAAUUACCUAGCCUUAUUCCGUAUGGAUAAAAUAGUAAAGACCUUUCCCUGGACCAAAAUAACUUAUUUUCUUUUGAGAAGCAGUGGAAAUGUAAGUCAGGGGGAGAAAUAAGGGGGCGCAGAUGAUGGGGAACUUGGUUUGCUUCUUAGUAACACAAACAUGUUUUAACUGCAGUGCUUCUUUUUGAUCCACACAUAUAACAAGCAUACCAAGCACCACCAUUCGUAUCCAUAUACCAGGUAUCGUCUUUGUAAUCAUCAUCCUGUGUCUCUUCCAUUAUUUUGGAGCUCUGCAUUUGCUACUGAUGUUCUCACAUGAUCACAGGUUAAUUGACCAAACCAGAGCAAGAAACAAAACAAAUGAUGAAAAAUCAGCAGAAAAUGAUGUUGAACUUCACUCCUGAUGUUGAAAAACUAUUUUA